AUGUAUUUAAACAAUUCUGCGGUUUUAGAAGAACUUGACUUCCUCCCGGGAUUUACGAUCCCGGUGAUUAUCUUGCUUGCCUUCGAAAUAAUCCUUGGUAUUGCGUCGAGUUGCGCAGUCCUACUAAUCUACUGGAACAAACGACAUAUCCGAAGUGUUGCUACGAAGUUCAUAGCAAAUCUUGCUUUAAUUGACUUGGUUAUCUGUUGUGUCUGUAUUCCUUUCACUGUCGCUCUGUUAGUGGUAUUUCCACGGAAUUCAGCGAUAUUAUGCUGUUGUCACGAGGCUGUAACUUCAGCUUUACGAAACGCUUCAAUUAUAACUCUUCUCUUGAUUUGUUACGACCGAUACAAGUCUGUUACAAAUCCCUUUGUGUUAAGACUCAGCCACCGUAAAGCCAAGCGUGCUUUAUUUCUGGUCUGGUCAAUCACUUUUGCAAGUCUCGCAAUCCCGUUUGCUGAGUGGAACAGAGCUUCAAGUUUCCAUUCUAGGAUUUCAGCUUGUAUUACACUUUUCAGCCGAGAACACAAUCCAUUUUACUUUCGACUUUACUAUUUGCCUUUGUUUAUUUUAGCGUGUAUGAUUCUUCUACCUGCGUACUUGCGUAUUUCCGAAGCGGCGUUUUCUAGGGUUCACAUUCAAGCCAUACUAAUGGCAAAAACCUCACUCGUUGUCCCUGCAUCAACGGCUGCCCAGAGAUGGAAUGCUUCAGCGAUUCGACAAAAAGAAUGGAAAAUCGCUAAGAUGACUGGAGCUGUUGUGUGUUCUAUUUGUGGCUUAUGGUUGCCAUACACGACUUUAACAUUCGCUAUGUAUUUCUUAAAGCCCUCUAAUCACCUCGCUCGUUUAGAGUUUGCGUUUUUAACUUUCGGCUAUUUUAACUGCGUCUUAAACCCUCUUCUGUACGCCUUUACGAAGGAAAAAUUCCGCACUGCUUUUCUCAGGACUUUACCUUUCAAGAAAUAG